AUGCAUUCAUUCAGUGGAGUGAGACAGUGCAAUGCAGACACUGAGUCAAGGCCCAAAACAUCACGGCCCUGCCGCGCCAAUUCCUCCCUCCUCCCAUUUCUGGGUGACUUGCCGACUUCUUUUCAUCUUCCCUCCGGUCAUCGAAUAAGUUCUUGUCUUUCACGCUCAGACUUCGUUCCACCUCCCUCUUGCAUCGCAAUCGAUAUCGACAUUCCCCGCCACUUCUAG